GAGGGCGUCGCCACCGGCGAAGGCGUGGAUCCGGGGCGCGCGGGGAGAAUGAGCAGUUACAGGGGCGCGUACAGCCAGGGCGGCCUCACGGCGAGGCCCGGGUCGUUCGGCGUGGGCGGGGCGACGUCCACCUCCGCCGGGGACGUCCAGCUCCAGAUGCCUCCGGACUUUGACGUGGACGACGAGGUGGACAAGCUGCACGGCAAGGUGUCGAUGCUGAAGCAGAUGACCGGGGCGAUCCGCGAGGAGACUUCGAUCAGGGGCAAGCUGAUAGAUCAGCUCGAGGAGACGAUGGCGAACGCGGGGGCGAUGAUGAAGGAGACGAAGAAGAAGCUGGACAAGGCGUUCAAGCAGAGCAAGAGCUGGCACAUGACGUACCUGGUGUGCUUCUGCCUGGCGAUCUUCCUCGGGUGGUAUAUGCUGUACAAGAUAGGAAGGUUCGUGCGGUUCUUCACGGGAUGAGGCUCGCGGGGGUCCCGAUAGCGAACCGAUUAGGAGGAGCGCACUUAGUCGUCGAGGAUCACUCGCCCGUGUUGAUUCCAUCAAAGUUUUAGCU